GGGAAAAUGGAUAGAUCCGUCUACCGUAUGCUCUUGUUCUCAAGCAGGUUCCAUAUGGUACCCGAAGAUACUCUGCACAAGCUGCUCGUUGACAGCAGCAGUUGUUGGAUCCCUUCAUAUGGGGCCGAGGCUCCGAAGAAAUCGGAGCGCUGGAUGUCUGGGUUCGUCUCAUCGAGCGUCGUCCCGCUUCGAGCGUCGAGUGGCACCCCUUCUUCCAUGUGAUUUCGUGGCGGGGGGGUUCGGCCACCACCGACUCUGCGUACAAUGUCUUCCUGCCUCGUGGCUCCGCCCGCCCCCGGACAGUGGUCAACCGUCUCGGCCCGAGCAGACGCAAUUGAGGUGCAAUUCUUCUCAGCGUGUUCGCAACGACCUGCGAAAAGCGAUCAUCUUCGUGGCCAUGCUUCGCCUGCUCCUUGUGGCGGCCUUCCUGUCCGCGGCGUCGGCGCGGGAGCUCUCGCAGCUGGAGCUCGAGCCGGCGCUCGCGGCCGACGACGAGUGCGACGCCGUCGCUGGCGAGCCUUGCGGAGUGCAGUUGCUUCAGGCUCGCUCUUCGAAGGAGAGCCAGAUGAGCUCCACCGUGAACUCCAGCGACAACAUGAGCUCGACCGAACCCAGCGAGCUGCCGGAGGCCGACGGGCCUGAAGACGGCGAGCAGCUCCUGCAGCACGACGCCCUGGUAGCCGAGGUACAGUCGGGCAAUUUCUGGUUCGUAUCGCGCAAGGCGUGCGGGAACACCAGAGGCUCAGCGGAGCGGCUCUGGGCCGGGCAGUGCCAGCCGGCGCUGUGGGACCGCAGCCUGUCCGUGCGCGGACACGUGCCAGGGCGACAGCAUAUCUGUCCAAACCUUCGAGAACAUGGUCUGCGCAGGCACCUCGGUGAUGAACAAGACCUUGGCACUCGGCGGGUGCUCGGACACCCCGCGCCCAGACGACGGCGACGUGCAGGCGCAGUACGACUGCGUUUGCGGUGUUUAGCAUCUUCUAACGUACCCCCACCCUCACCUGGCCAUGAUAUCUCAGCCUCACCAGCUCACCCGUCCUGGUGAGAAUGAUAGGCCCCGCGAAGACCGACGGAACAGGCGUACAUCCUAACCCUGGGUGGGCAAGUCGGCCAGUGGGGCUGAGGCCACGCCAGCGGGGAUAGGGGUCAGGUGUCGGACCACGGACCGUGACGCUGACGGGCCUGCAGGCGUGCAGCUGAUGGUGACGGACGCGCGUGCCUAGACUUGAGUCGGGCGUGCCCCUCUACAGGAGGAGUAUUCGAAGAUUGUUGGGAACUCGUCUGGGCACGAUCCUUCUAGCACUUUUUGCUUACAAGUUGUAAGUGCUGUUGUUUGUUAUUUUGCAUCCCUCAUCCAGAAUCCGCCUAUGGGAGGACAUGCCCGACCUGAGCCUAGACGCCCAGCGCCUGGGCGACCUUGGCGGGCCGGCCCCGCGUCGCCGCGUGCGCGGGGCCGGUCCGGUGCGCGGGCGAGAGACCAGGUUUCGGCCUGCGGGCGUGGUGCGGAGCACCCCAGAGAGCUGCGGGGGAUGGGCGGUGCUCGCCCGCAGGGCUUGCUGCACGGAGCGGAGCACGGACAGCAGAAAAAGGAAGGGCGCCGUCUCUCCCAUGCCCCUUCUGAUUUUUGUUGACGUUGAGCGUUUCUCCUCCUUCUCCGUCCUGUCCCCCUUCUCGCGGCCCACUUCUCUUGCGCGUUCGACGCUUGCAGUUUGGACCAAAAAGGGAGUGGGACGAGGGUUCGAGACGGAUCCGUCCGAUGGCACGUGGCCCUUGCUAGCGAUGAAACAUCCCGCGACGGCAGUAGAACGAAGCGAACGCGGGCGGAAGGAAGACAUUCCAUA